AUAAAUUUAAUAUUAAUGAAUAUGUCGAACAACAACAAGAAAUUGAUGAAUUUGGCCGCGUGAAGACACCCGCGUCCAUAAAUUUUGGUGUUAGUGAUGCUGUUCGUCAACGUCGACGACAGCAGCGAGACAAAAGAAGAUCUAAACGAUUACAAUAUAGCACAGAUGAUGAGAUUAAAAUGGAAGGAUUAUCUACUGAUGAUGAGUUAGAUGAAAUUUCAUAUCAUAAAACUAAUCUAUUUGAUGACGUUGACGAUGAUUUCAAAUCUAUUUAUUUGGUUAAAUUAAAAUUUGAUACAUGGAAAAGAGAAUUUUCUGAAGAUUAUACGAAAGCAUAUGGAGAUUUAAGUUUACCCGGAGUGUUUGAAUUUUAUGUGAGAUAUGAAAUGUUGUUAUGGAAAACAUUCAUGGAGCAUUUUGAUUUUAACAAGAUGGAAUGGUACCGAACUAUUUCUGGGUUUAAAGAUAUAAAUUCAUCUUCAAACCUUUCGGAAAAUGAUGAUAAAAUUUUAACAAAAAUUAUUGAAAAAGUCAUUAUUCCACGAGCCAUUCAAUUAGUCAAAGUUUUAAAUCCGUAUUCAUCCAAAGAAACAAAAUCUGCUAUCGAGUUUUGCAAAUCAAUGUUAAAGUUUGUUGAUAAAAACUCUCCAAAAUUUAAGGAUUUCACAUCAGCAAUAUCGAGUAAUUUACAGAAUGCAGUACAGGCUAUUAAGCACCCUGAUACUUUUGGUUUAAGUAAAUCUGAAAUGGAUGAACACGCAAUAAGAUCACGGGAUAGAUUUUUUUGGCGCAGAUACAAGUUAAUGAACAACCUUAUCUUAUGGAAAGAUUAUAUCCAAGAAGAUUUUGUUCGUCCACUUGUCAUAAACAAUCUGAUUGAUCAAUGUUUGUUACGUAUAUUAGAUGGGUCACCGGAAAAUGCAAUUAAAUAUCAAAAGAUACUUGAAAUUGUUCCAGAUGAAUGGUUUUCACCUUCAACGCUGGAAAAAAUUGCAC